AUUUGACAUUAUAUCGAAUAUUUAUUAUUCGAUUCACUCGUUCCAAUACACAGAUUAUCGUCGACCGACUAGUUUCGUGUGUUCGUAAUAGCCAAGAAUCAAUCGGGCAUCAGUUGAAAAUUUUUCCUCGUACUUUCGGAACAACAAAGGACGUGUGUACAAAUCCGCUCCCAACCGAUUUCAGUUAUACAAAAAUACAAAUGCAUCAAAUGCAAAGCCGCAAAGCCAAUGCAAAGCGCACAUAAACACAAUUAAAACGCACGCGCCCUGCCCCGCACCGCACCAUCAACUACAGCAGCAGCAACAACAACAACAUCACGCGAACAACAGCAACAAGAGAACAACAGCAGCAGCUGCGUGACAAUAAUUAAAAAGGGUGGCAGCACCACUACCACCUUCUGCGGGAUACUCGCUAACAUAAAAGGGUGGCAGCGCCACCUUCUGGACAACAACAACAACAUCAAACUGCAGCUUCAAUCAACGGUCAGCGGUGGCAGAACAACAACAACGACAGCAAACGUGGGAUAAAAGAAACAACCUCAGCCGACAACUGUUGUGCCCUGUGCGCCGCUGCUCUGCUCUGCUCUUCACGGCCCUACUUACGACAACAUGCCGAUUCCAUAGACAAGAUCAAGUGCAAUUUGAGAGUUAUCGUGCACGCGAGUUGUGCUCUUCUUUCACAUUGGUCCGUCCGCUUGCAGUUACAAUAGCCGCUGAGACCCUUUGUCAAUGCGUGUGUGUGUGAGUGUUCUAAACUAAAGCAAAGCUUCGCUAGUAAAGCGGUGUGGCAACGCUCCACACAUCAUGCUGCAAUUUUUGUGGCUUUAAUAAAAGUGAAAAAAGGGCAUAAAUGAGCCAGUUGGCCAGCUGUUAUAAUGCCAAGACUAAAUACAACAAUUUUACAACGAGCUGCUAGCUAUAACUUUUCAUUAUAAAAGCUGCAACUCUGUGAUCGUGACAGUCUGGCAGCACAAGGCAAACGGUAUGGCAGGCGUGGCGAAGAUUCUAUUUGAAAAAUAUCAAACAAAACAAAAGCAAAUUGUGUGAAGAAAACAAAAGAAAAUAAUAUUAAAGCAGAGAAGGCGUCGUCAAAAGUAAAUCGAGCGAAAGUAAAGCAUUUGUAUAUUGUGUAUAUAAUAGGUAUAUAUACAGAAAUCGUGACGAGAACAGCAAACACUGAUUGAUUUAACGCGGCACAGUUUCGAAUUGCAGAUCGACCUGGGAGACUGCGAGAAGAAGUGAAAGAAGAGUGAAAGAGCGACAACGACGACGACGACAUGUCUGCGGCACGAUUACCGUACUAUCAACAGCAGACGUCCGAUCAGCGUCGCCGCAGCAGCAGCCGUGGACGUCACAGCAGCAAGAGGCGCUCCGUUGAGCGUCGUCGUCACAGUCGCAGCCGCAGUCGCAGUCGCUCCGUAGAGCAGCGCCAACAACGUCGUCGCCACAGUCGUGAGCACGAUCGUGAUCGUGAUCGCCACCGACGUCAUCAUCAUCGCGAUUCACGCGAUCGCUCCUGGGAGAGAGAACGGGACAGAGAGCGAGACAGGGACAGCAGGGACUAUGGAAGACGCAGCAGCAACCAUUAUCAGCACGACACGCGUAGUCGCAGUCGCUCUGCCACGCCGCCAGGCACCACUUCAUCUGCCUCCGCCUCUGCCUCUUCGUCUGCUGCACGUCGCCAGAUGCAGCAGCAGCAACAACUGCUGCAACCACAGCAAGGAAUUGGGCACAACAAACACAAACAAAUGACUGAUCCACGUAUGCUGCCCACAUCGGUGCCCGGCAAGAAGGACAAUGCCAUGUCCGCUGUGGGUGCCUAUUACAAUCUGGAUACCGACGAACCCUUCGACAAGGAGCGCAUUCAUCGCGAGAUCGAGGAGAAACUGCGCGAGACUCUCGCACGCGAGGGAAAAGUAUAUCCGCCGCCAAAAGCGGAGCCAUCGCAUCCAGUGUUUGCCAACGAUGGCUCGUUUAUGGAACUCUUUAAGAAGAUGCAGGAGGAGCAGCAGCGUCCCCAUCACCAGCACCAUCAACAACAACAGCAUCAGCGACAACUCGAUGCGGCAACAGCUGCUGCCGCCGCAGCCGCUGCAGCAGCGAGCGCUGCCAUCAUGAUGUCGGAUCAACCACAACACCACCAACACCAUCAGCAGCAACAGCAUCCACAACAUCCUGACGUGGCAUCGCCCUUUGGCAUACUGCCUGCGAUAGCUGUGGGCGCCGCCAGCAGCGCAGCAGCGCCGUAUAUUGCAGCAGCUGCAGCUGGGAAAUCGGCGCCACCGCCACCGAUGGUGGGACGACGACGUGGCGGCAAAAUACUUAAGACCGGCGUGGUGGCCAAACUGAAGACGCCCAACGAACGCGACGUCGAUCCAAAGGACUUUUGGUCACUCUACUUGGCCGAGGUCAAUAAAUACAAGAGCAAUGCCUGCGACACGGACAACGGCAAGCGGCCGUUGGUCAAGUGAACUGGAAGCCUCUUUUUUUUUUUUUUGGAUGUGAACUUGAACGCAGAAUGCAAAACAAUCACAAAAACACACUCCACACACACACACACAAGCAAAGUAAAGAAAACAAAGAAAAACACAACAGUUGGUGGCUCCAAAAGCAAUUAAUUUUGGAUUACAUGGUCACACUCAUUCUCAGCCACACUAUUUUUGAUGAUGUAAGCUCGUUAUACGAAACAAUACAAAAUAUAGAAAAAGAAGAAAACAAAGCUAAACAACAGAUCAGCAGCAACUAUUGAUUGUUGCUGACACAUUAUGAAUUAUGUAUUACGAUUUAGGUUUAGCAUUUAAGCCGCAGAUUGUACAGAUUUUUAAGCCAGUAUAUAUACCGAUAUAUAUUAAGCAUUAAGCAACAAAUCUCUAGUUUAUAUACACAGCUACUUUAGACUAUGAUACUUUAUAUAUAUACAGAUAUAUUAUAUAUUGAUAAUACUACAA